AUGAUUCGCUUUUUCUUAGUCUUCAACAGGCAAGGUGCCGUCCGUCUCGUUAAAUGGUACACCCCAUACUCAACAGCUGAGAAGGAAAAGCUUAAAACAGAUAUUCAUCGUCUUGUUUGCCGCCGUGCUUCAAACUUAACUAAUGUCCUCGAAUACAAGAACUACAAAAUUAUCUACCGCCCAUACGCAGCUCUUUUCAUGUGCAUGUGCGUUGAUGCAAAUGAUAAUGAGUUUGCUAUUCUCGAAACCAUCCAUCUUUUCGUAGAAGUCAUGGACCAAUAUUUCGGAAAGGUCCGUGAGUUAGAUUUGCUCCUGCAAUUCCAUAAAGUUUACGCAAUUCUUGAUGAAUUUAUUGUUGCUGGUGAAGUUGGCGAAUGCAACAAGCAAACCAUUGUCGACCGCAUGAAGAUGCUUGACGACCUUAGCUAA